UGAACCUGAGAAAUCUUGCCAAUCAUGGCUUUAGAUCUCAGAACACCCUUUCGAUGUGAACCAUCCAGGAAUGCUCCCAGGUUAGAAAAUCUAGAGUUUGAGCCUACACAAGGACCUGAUGUCCAGAAGCCAGAGAGGAUCUCUGGGCUCCAGGGCACUCCACUCAAUAUAUAUCAGUACAGCAAUAACUCGUAUGCAAAGCAGGAACUGCAAAGACUGCAGAAGUUAUUUGACUUGUGGCUGCAGCCAGAGAAAUACAGCAAGGAGGAAAUGAUUUCCCAAUUGGUCCUGGAGCAGUUUAUGAUGAAUGAACAGUGCAGAAAUAGGUCCAAUUUGAAAGAAAAAUGGGAUUCUAGUGGCAGAAACCUGCAGAAGUUCCCGGAAGACCUGACUGAUGAUUUCAUGGAGCCACCUGCCUAUGUCCACAUCUGCAUGCAGGGACAGGAAGCCCUCUGUUCUGAGAAUAUGCCCUUAAAAGACAUCAUUGUUCAUCUCACAAAACAGUUGUCAGCAGGGACCCCAAUAGGAGAAAACAUGGAGACCCCCUUCCAGACACCCCAAGAUCCUCCCAUGCAAACAGGUGAAGAUAAAGAAGACAGCAGCAAACUUUCUUUGAAAACUACACAAGUAAAUAAUAGUAUCACUAGUGGAGGCAAUCAAGUACUUUCUCUACAAAUUAUCCAGGAAGAGAAUUGUCCCAAACCUGAGGAGGCACAUGCUUGUUGGGACAACCCAGAAAGCUCCAGAAGAGCAGGGCUAGGCACCUCCGGGUCCCAGGAAAAGGCCUUGGGAGGACCCUUUCAUCAAGAUGUCCCUGUGGAGUUGGAACAAGGAUUUAUAUCCAGACCAGACCCAACCACCCCUGAGUCUGCCCCUGCCCUCCAGAGCAAGGAGGAAAAAUCUCCAGGUAGGAGAUACCAAGAAAGAUUUCAUGAAACCCCAAAACCAUACAGAUGUGAGGACUGUCCCAAGAUCUUCAAAUAUUUCUCUCAGUUAGAAGCCCACCAGAGAAGACACAGGAACAAGAGGCCGUUUGUUUGUGCUGAGUGCCACAAAGGCUUCUUCCAGAUGUCAGACCUGCGCGUGCACCAGAUGAUUCACAGGAGAGAGAAACCCUUCCCUUGCAGCAUGUGUGACAAGUCCUUCAGUCACAGAAGCAAUCUGCAGGCUCACGAGAGAAUUCACACGGGAGAGAAGCCCUGUGUGUGUUCCAUUUGCAGGAAAAGCUACCGUCAGUCAUCCACGUACCACCGCCAUGUGAAGACUCACCAGAAGGUUAAUCUCAAAAUGGCUCCUAACACAACAGAAGCUUCCUAA